CGGCGCUUUAAUGUCAGUCGGAGAACGCGCACCAUUGCAGUCUUUUCGCAUUCUCGCAGAGUUCACUGUAUCAGCUUGAGGAUCCAGCGCGUAAGCUGGCUGGUACAGUGUCAGACAUUACCAAGGACGCGACGCUGCAAGAUUUGGCCCGCGAUUGCCAAGGCUAAGUGUUCUCACCAGGCCGGAACCACGCGGGAUAAGCUUUUCAAGUCGACCUAUGAAUUUCGAUGCUCGGAACCUGUUACAAUCCAUCAUGCCCUGGCCGUUCUCCGUGUAGUUCCAGCAGCGUGGGCCAGUCCUGUAUCGUCGCCUUUUCUCAGGCUAACCAAGACCGGUCUAGAUCUUAUCGAGGGCAGCCUUCAUCUGUUCUUUGAUAUCUUGAUCCUUUGGAAACGAUUCGAACCGGCGAAAGCAUACCGUGCAUGUACCUCGAGCGACUGAAGUAGUACGGGUCGAGAGCUCGAGGGAACCAGCUCUGGAAGGCGCUGAAGGCGCUUACAAUGCACGGUCCACGGGGUUCGGCUCUCGCUUUGACCGAAGCUUGCCCGAAACUCAACAUCCAGCGUCCCGCCAUGAAGCUCCCAUGCACUCCGCACACCUGAAGCUUGAAGCUCUUAAGUGGUAAUCUACUACAGUCAGAUAGCUCUACACUCACAGCGCAGGGCUGCUUCUUCAUUUGCUUGCAUCGCUGAGACAUCAUUGCUCGGGCAGGACAGACAAGAACCAUAUGCACCCUUCAUGAUGAAAGUGUCGAACAAGGCCUAGCGUAUGCGAUCGGACUUUGCAAUAUGUCACAAACUACAGCUGUAACCCCACCGAUCCGCUUGGCCGGGACGCGCGCGCGUUCACGUCCUGGCAGCAGCCCUGGCGCAUGUGCAUUCUCUGUACAAUGGCAGUGCUCUGCGCACAUCGCGCGCUGCGAUGCCAUCUGACGGCGCUGAAAGAACCACUCGUACCGUGCCUUCUCGCUUGCCCGGUGGGCAGCCUUUGAUGGUCGCUCGGUCGUAUAUCCUUGUGCGUGCGGUCCCCGGCCUGCCUCGUCUUCCUGUCUAUACCGCAUCUCUUGACACUCAUGGCGAGCGAGUCCAGGUCGAGCACAAAGUCAGACGUUGAGCUCACGACCAAAGAUGCGAGUAUAAGCCAAAACGUCUCCAAGGAUCUACGCUUCGCCCUCGUGUUCGUCGCCAUCUGUGCCUCGCUCUUCCUUUCCGCCCUCGAAUAUACAGCUGUGGCGACGACACUGCCCACGAUCGUCCAUGACUUGAAUGGCCAAGACUUUGUCUGGAUCGCCUCGGCAUACGCCUUGGCCGCCACAGCUUUACUUCCGACGUCAGGCGGAUUGGCAGAGAUAUUCGGGCGUCGCAUCAUGAUGCUGGGCGCGCUAGCUGUCUUUGCUCUAGGAAGUGCUCUUUGUGGUGCGGCAAAGACGAUGAACUGGCUUAUUGCCGCUAGAACUGUGCAGGGUGCGGGAGGUGGAGCCAUCAUGUCUAUAACCAGCAUCAUCGUCUCCGACCUUGUACCCCUGCGAGAACGUGCCAUGUACAAUGCACUCAUCGGACUGACUUGGGGUGUAGCGUCGGCGAUAGGCCCGCUUGUCGGCGGUGCCCUUGCCAACGGCGGAAAAUGGAGGUGGCUCUUCUACCUCAACCUCCCGAUAUCCGGCGUAGCGGCAGCAUUGGUGUUCUUUUUUCUCCAUUUGAAGACGCCCGAGGGCACUUUUCGCGAGAAGAUCUCGCGGAUGGAUUGGGUUGGCAACUUUCUUAUCGUUACCAGCUCUACAGCGACGGUCCUCGGCCUUACAUGGGGCGGUGUCCAGUUCGCAUGGACAUCCGCACAGGUCCUUGUUCCGCUCAUCCUCGGCUUGAUUGGAAUCGUCAUGUUCUUGAUCUACGAAGCCUUCGUACCGGUGAAUCCAAUUAUUCCAUUCUCGUUACUAUCCAACCGCACCAGUUUCAGUGGAUACCUCCAGACGUUCUUGGCUCCUAUCGUAAACAGCGCUAUUGUCUGGUUCAUGGCGACGUACUUCCAAGCCUGCCGGGACGCCUCACCCAUCCGCUCCGCGGUUGACUCUCUCGGCCUGUGCCUGUCUAUUGGACCAGCCCUUAUCGUCAGUGGCAUUGUCAUCGCCGCGACCAAGACGUAUCGCGUGCAGCUCGUCGUCGGCUGGAUCUUCUACAUGGUUGCGACCGGCGCGCUCUCGACGCUCACCGCGGACAGCUCGACGGCGCACGGCGUCGGCUUCCUCAUCCUCAUGGGUAUCGGCAGUGGCAUCCUCUUUUCUGCGACGUACUUCCCGGUGCUCGCACCGCUGCCCGUCUCGGAGAACGCCCACGCACUCGCGCUCUUCGCAUUCUUCCGCUCAUUUGCCGGUGUCUGGGGCGUGACGAUCGGGACCGCAGUGCUGCAGACGCAGCUCACGCAUCGUCUCCCUGCGGCCUUCCUCGCACAGUUCCCGGGCGGCGUCUCGCUCGCGUACGCCGCGAUCCCUGCCAUCCGCACGCUGGACGAGCCGCUCAAGCAAGAGGUGCGCGUUGCGUUCGCGCAGAGCCUCCGCGUCGUCUGGGAGGUCUCGAUCGGCAUCGCGGGCCUCGGCCUCCUCUCGACCCUACUCAUGAAGGGCCUCCCGCUGCACACACAGAUCGACGAGAAGUGGGCGCUUGAGGAAGCAAAUGCCCCGCGGCCCGUCGAUGUCGAGCUCGAGCAGACGUCCGAACUCCCCCGGCUGUGAGCUCCCCCUCCGAUGUGAGCGCUAUGCUUUCGUCAUGUUUCCGGGAUGGACAGUGUCGGACUUUUAGUAAGCCCGAAGUACAUGUUUGAAAAUGUGCGUUUUUGUAGGCGGCGUUUACGUGCAGAUGUACUCGUCGAAACGUAUCAUUAUGGGCGGUAGUGUACAAACAAAUUUGUAAUGGCUGUGGUACCGCAAUACGGCGUCCGUGUAAAGUAUCAUAUUGGAUCCUCUACCGGCUCCUGCAUUUUGAUCCACAGCGCACCCUGCGAG